CUCAUUAACACGCAAACUGGUAAAAUACAAACAGUGAAUUACAUUUUUUAAAUAAUUGAAUAGUAGAAAAGUAAAUAUGGACGAAAAUAAAAGAAAAAGUGAGACCGAUUUAAGUACAAAGGAAGUGAAUAUAGAUGAUGUUUUGAACAAUCAAGAUGCGUCGACGGAAAUCUGUGAAGCGGUUAAAGGGCUUGAUGCCAACCGGUACGCGACGAAGAAGACUGUUGCGCAAGGAAUGCUGGACAUUGCCCUGUUAACUUCAAAUGCUUCUCAACUGAAAUAUGUGCUUCAAGUUGGUCCUAAGCAUGAAUUCUAUAUGUUACUAGUUGUCCUUAUAUCCAUCUCGAUAGUUUUACAGCUUCUUGUUGGAUUACUAUUCGUUGUAAUUGGCGGUUUGGACCUGAACGACGACAGCGACCAGCCCUCAGCAAUUAUUCUCAACGACGUCAUAGUUAUAUUUAUAUUUGUAAUAUCUGUUACAAAUAUAGUUAUAUCAGCAUUUGGCAUAGAAUAUUCAAAUAAUCCGCUGAUACUUGAACGGUUAAAAUACAUUAAUAACGAAUAUAUAAGGAAAGGAAAUGUAACAUCUAGUUAAAUGUAAUUGUAACAA